AUGGCAGAAAUUGUAAGCCGGGAAAUCCGUCUCAAGCAACGUCCCGUCGGUAUACCAAAGGAAAGCGAUUUUGAGAUUGCCGAAGUAACGCUCGCUGCCCCUAAAGCGGGAGAAGUGCUUGUAAGAAACAUCUACAUGUCGGUUGAUCCCUAUAUGCGCGGGGUUGUCAGAAAUGUUGACCUCGGUGUGCCGUUAGAGGGUGGGUGUGUCGGGCAGGUUGUUCAAUCGGGAAGCGAAUCGUUUCAGGUUGGAGAUUAUGUAUUGGGCGGACUCGGCUGGCGGGAGUAUUACCUUGUUCCUGCAAAGAGUGUGAGCCAGAUUGAUCCAACCCUCGCCCCAAUCCAGUCCUUCGUGGGUGCUGUCGGUAUGCCCGGACGUACCGCCUAUUUUGGAUUACUGGACAUCGGUGAACCCAAAGCGGGAGAAACGGUGUUCGUCUCCGCUGCCUCCGGCGCGGUUGGUGCGAUUGUCUGCCAGAUCGCCAAGAUCAAAGGGUGUCGCGUGGUCGCCAGUGCAGGCUCGGAUCAGAAGGUGAAUUGGCUCUUGGAAAAGGCGGGUGUUGAUGCAGCCUUUAACUAUAAGCGGGUCGACAAUUUAGUAGAUGAAUUAAAGCAGCACUGUCCAAACGGAAUUGAUAUUUACUUUGAAAAUGUCGGUGGCGCGCAUCUCGAAGCCGCUCUCUCGCUGAUGAACAUAUAUGGACGCAUUCCUUUGUGCGGCAUGAUCGCGCAUUACAACGAUGUUGAACCGACCCCUGGUCCCAAAACCUCAGCACCGCCAUCGGCAAACGCCUGA